GCGGGCGUGUCCUUUGGUCCCCAGCACUGCAGAGCCCAGUGCGGCUCCUGUCUCAAGGCCGUGUGCUCUGCUGGUCUGAUCUUGCUGCGAGGCCUCCCUCCAGGAAGACCCACGUUUUCUUAGGGAUUCCAGACACCCAGUUUACUGGGCGUUCUCUCUCCAUCCUCAGGAUCAUUCCAGCCUCUGUGAUUACAGAAACUCCUUUCUGGUGAAGGUCAGAGAUGGAGGGAGAAGAAAUGGAGAAUAGGAGGAAAAGGAGAGCUGAAGUAAAAAGGAAAAUGAUAAUCCUCUCCAUUUUGUUGUGCGGAGGUCUUGCCGUUCUUCUUUGGAUAAUGCUAAAAUUUCCUAAAAAAGUUGGAAUUAGAAUAUCCAAGAAGAACUGCACAGAUGAAAUGAGGAUAUGCCCACCUGCCUGGGAGCUAAUCACUCAGAACUGCUUCUUUCAAUCUGAAGGUGAAGUUACUUGGGCUGAGGGACAGAGACACUGCAGAACAUAUUUUGGAUCUCUUGCCAAGAUCACCACAACCAAUGAAAUGAAAUAUGUGCUCAGUUACCUGGAAAACUCUACCUAUUGGAUUGGACUUAGAAAACUUGCUUCUGACACCGUCUGGAAAUGGACAGAUGGAAGUCCCAUUGGCAACUGGUUCAAAGCACAUGGCUCCGGCAACUGUACCUUUAUUGAUACCACUGAUAUAAAGAUUACCAGCUGUGAUGGAAAAAGAAGAUAUCUGUGCAGCAGAAAGAGCGAGUGUGCUUAGAAUUGCUUCAUACUGAGAGAAAAUUUUUCAU